AUGAAGGCUAAUUCAAAGUACAAAAGUGACGCCACACCAAUACCGAGGGAUAAACCACUAUCGUAUUACAAAACACUUUUACAAAGACAUCAAAGUAUUAAAUGGGCAAGUCUCAUCCCAGUAUCAGCAGCUCAUAUAAUACAUUCACACAAACAAUUUAACAUAAAGCGAUUAUCAAAAAGUGAUGCGUCAUAUAUUUUUGGGGAAAUUCUGGGGAACUCAUAUUUUAUACCAAAUAAAAACGUUGAUCAAAUGCUUAAGUGGAUGAUGCAUUGCUGGGGACAAUUUAAGGUAACAAACCUCAUUUGUAAACAAGCUAUGCCAACUCCUCAAAUUAACAUGGGAGGCACUGUGAGUACUAGCAAAGCGGACCCAAAAUUCCCACCCACUAUCAACAACACAGUUACACCUGGAACCAGAAUAUCAUAUUACACGUCCGAUCAAUGCUUUGACGAGUUUGAGGAAGUUAAAUAUGCAAGAAUUUGGACCAUAGUGAUUGAAAAUCGCCACAAUCAGAUGGCACCUUUCCACUAA